AUGAGCGUGCAGUACCACUACUGCCCUUUCCCAGCGUUGGCUUAUGCAACAAAACCCACUCACACACUCCCUAUAACUAUCGCCAACCACCGUCGCAUUCCACCUGACUCUUCCACCUUCUCCGUCAUCACCAAUCUCUUCUUCCAAAACCCUAAUUUCCUUACGGGGAACACUCUCUUCCUUAGGAUGCAGAGAUUUUGCUCUGUGAGUGGCGUGACUAAGAACAAAGCAAUGGUGGAGAGGUUACAGCGCUAUGGAGUGAUCACAUCAAGUAAGGUGGCUGAAGUAAUGGAGAGAGUUGAUAGAGCGUUGUUUGUACCGGAUGGAGCUGCGCCUUAUGAUGACAGCCCCAUGGCCAUAGGGUACAAUGCCACUAUAUCUGCCCCACAUAUGCACGGCAUGUGCCUUCAGUUGCUUGAGGAGAAUUUGCAGCCUGGGAUGCAUGCAUUGGACGUUGGCUCUGGAACGGGGUACCUAACUGCGUGCUUUGCCUUGAUGGUUGGACACCACGGCCGCGCUGUUGGUGUAGAGCAUAUUCCUGAAUUGGUUUCUUUGUCAGCAGAGAAUAUUCAGAAAAGUGCUGCAGCUACACAAUUGAAAGAUGGUUCCCUUUCUAUUCAUGCUGGGGAUGGGAGGCAAGGUUGGCCAGAGUUUGCACCUUAUGAUGCCAUUCACGUGGGAGCAGCAGCAUCAGAAAUUCCUAAACCACUUAUUGACCAGUUGAAGCCUGGAGGUAGAAUGGUGAUUCCUGUUGGAAACAUAUCUCAAGAUUUAAAGGUGGUGGAUAAGAAUUCUGACGGUUCUAUCAGUGUCCGCACUGAGACGUCCGUUCGUUAUGUUCCCCUCACAAGUCGAGAAGCUCAACUGCGAGGUUACUAA